CCUCAGCCGGAGACAGACGCGCAGCUCAGUGAGGGCAGACUUUGGGGGGUGGAAGGAAGCAUGUUGGACCACUGACAAAUCUGUUUUUGGGGUUCAACCGGGACGGGCUCAGCCUGAGAAGAGUCCCCAACGCAAGGAGCCCAGACGGGUUUUUGCGCCUUUACGCACUGGAUUACCGCUUUGGAUCGGAACUGGAGAACUUUUGUUUCGUUUCGAGCGCGUUCACACCUCGGUUUUCUGCUUUGAACUUGAACGGUUCGGGGAUUUAUCCUCCGGUUCUCCCCGGGACAUGAAUCAGAGCCGCGUGGCACGCAGAGGCAACAGUUGAUGAGAGAACCCCCCCUCGAGAGGCCACAGAAACCUGCUCAAUGCAUCUUUUUCAAAGGGACUGAAGCAGGAGGAGGCACCCUGAGACCGGCCGAGCCCCCCCGAGACUUUUUACUUUAUUUAUUUAUUAUUUAUUAUGUAUUUAUUGAAUAUGGGGCGCGUCAUCCUGCUGACUCUAGCCGUCAUGUCCGUGCUGCUGUGCCAGGGGUUUUGUUCCGGAGUCUUCGAGCUGAAGUUGCACGAGUUUCUGAACAAGAAGGGGGUUCAGGGCAACAAGAACUGCUGCAAAGGCGGCUUCGCCUCGUCCUUCCAGCAGCAGUGCGAAUGUAAAACCUUCUUCCGGAUCUGCCUCAAGCACUAUCAGCCCAACGCGUCCCCGGAGCCCCCCUGCACCUACGGCGGCGCCGUCACCCCCGUCCUCGGCUCCAACUCCUUCCAGGUCCCCGACGCCAUCCCGGAGAGCUCGUUCUCCAACCCCGUCAGGAUUAAUUUCGGCUUCACGUGGCCGGGGACCUUCUCGCUGAUCAUCGAAGCGUUACACACCGACUCCGAGGACGACCUCUCCACAGAGAACCCGGAGCGGGUCAUCAGCACCAUGACCACCCAGAGGCACCUGACGGUGGGGGACGAGUGGUCCCAGGACCUGCACACCGGCGGCAGAACCGAACUCAAGUACUCGUACCGCUUCGUGUGCGACGAGCACUACUACGGGGACGGUUGCUCGGUGUUCUGCCGGCCCCGGGACGACGCGUUCGGCCACUUCACCUGCGGGGAGCGCGGGGAGAUCGUGUGCAACGCCGGCUGGAAGGGCCAGUACUGCACCGAGCCAAUCUGCCUGCCGGGAUGCAUGGAGGAACACGGCUUCUGUGAGAAACCAGGGGAGUGCAAGUGCAGAGUGGGAUUCAAAGGCCGCUACUGCGACGAGUGCAUUCGCUACCCGGGGUGUCUCCACGGGACCUGCCAGCAGCCCUGGCAGUGCAACUGUCAGGAGGGCUGGGGGGGGCUCUUCUGCAACCAAGACCUCAACUACUGCACCCACCACAAGCCCUGCAUGAAUGGAGCCACUUGUAGCAACACCGGCCAGGGCAGCUACACCUGUUCCUGCCGGCCCGGCUUCUCUGGGGCCAGCUGUGAGAUCAAGGUCAACGAAUGCGCCGGGAACCCCUGCCGGAAUGGAGGAAGCUGCACCGAUUUGGAGAACACAUACAAGUGCACGUGUCCUCAUGGUUUCUAUGGCAACAACUGCGAGCUGAGCGCCAUGACGUGUGCCGAUGGGCCUUGUUCCAAUGGUGGGCGCUGUGUGGACAACUCUGACGGAGGCUACUUUUGCCAGUGCCCCACAGGAUACGCCGGAUUCAACUGCGAGAAGAAGAUCGACCACUGCACCUCAGGGCCGUGCUCCAAUGGCGCCCGCUGUGUGGAUCUCGUCAACUCCUACCUCUGCCAGUGUCCAGAGGGUUUCUCUGGCUUGAACUGCGACCACACUGGCGACGAGUGCUUGACCUACCCCUGCCAGAACGGCGCCACUUGCCAGGAGGGUCCCAACGGCUACACCUGCAGCUGCCCGCCGGGAUACACCGGCCGCAACUGCAGCUCCCCCAUCAGCCGCUGCGAGCACAACCCCUGCCACAACGGCGCCACCUGCCACGAGAGGAACAGCCGCUAUGUCUGCGCAUGCGUUCCUGGGUACGGCGGCAGAAACUGUCAGUUCUUGCUCCCCGAGCACGCCGCCAUCCGUGGGUCCGAGGUGCCCUGGAUGGCCAUCGGGACGGGCGUGGUCCUGGUGCUGCUACUGCUCGCCGGCUGCGCUGUACUGGUGGGAUUUUUCCGAUCAAAGGUCCAGCAAGGUGGGCAGGUAGACGCGGCAACCGAAGGAGAGACGAUCAACAACCUGACCAACAACUGCCACCGUGGUGACAGGGACCUGGCCAUCAGCGUGAUGCCGAUGCCGGGAGUCAAAAACAUUAACAAGAAGAUGGACUUCAGCAGCGGGGACCCCGAGGAAGGCUCCUCGCCGGGAAGGAGCAGCUACAAAAGCCGACCACUCCCUGCAGACUACAACCUCGUGCACGAGGUCAACUACGAGCAGGCGGCUAAGGAAGCCAUGCUGGAGGCAGCCUGCGAGGACAAGUGCCAAUCCCUGGACUCUUUCGAGUUUGAGGAGAAACGCAGCAAACGUUUAAAAUGCGAUGCAUCAGAAAAGAAAACGCCAGAACUGUCUGCAUGUGCGGACACCAAGUACAAAUCUGUGUUUGUCAUGUCAGAGGAGAAAGACGAAUGUAUAAUCGCAACUGAGGUGUAAGAAGCCACCUUUGGGCUGCCCGUUGCUGAUUUGCUCUAUGGGAGAGUUUUUAUGCUCCUUCAGAUGCUGCUCUAACCUUAGGGGGAGGUGUCCCGCCUUGAGACUGCUGCUGAAACCGAUACGUUUAACUGAUAUUCAGAGUGAGCUGGUUCUCUACUGGUAACUAAGCGUAGGCAGCGACGGCCUGUGGGGUAAGAACAGGCAGGGUCACCACCCAGAAAACGUUUACGGUUUAAAGUAAACGGCCAUUUAGCUUUCUGUUCCGCCUUUCAGUGGUAGAGAUGUGUAGCGUUGGGCGCUGCGAGUUUAGGCCUCGCGGCGCCAGCCGGGCCCGCGCCUCUUCUCUAACCCACAUGCCGUUGCUGAGCGCAGGAACUGCAUCAAACGGUGGAUGUUUGGCCAUACUGGCCUGCUCUUCACGAGGCUGUUUGGGUGGGCUGUGCACCCGGCGCUGUGAAGACUGUAUGUACACUUGAUCACUGUGUUAACUGAAGUGCGUUUGCUUCCUCUCCAAACCAUUCACGAUGUAGUUUUGUUUCCGUUUGUUUGGGACACGAAAACGUUGUCUUUAUUAAGAAAAAAAAAUGUUGGGUUUUGAUACAGAAGGUCCUUUUUUUGUAAAAUAUAGAAGCUGUUAUGAUUUAAAAUUAUGAUUUAAUUUAAGUUAAUUUAAUACUUUUGUGUUAUUUUGAAUUGUAUAUUUGUGACGUUUGCUAUGAUUAUUUAAGUCGCUUCUUUUAAGGAUAAUAUUUGCAAAGGCACUUCGUGUGGAUGGGAAUUUUUUAAGAAAAUGUUAUUUAAGAGGGAUGUACAAAUUGUUAUGUUUCCGUUUCCUUUACCGCCUUUGAUUGAAGGAAUUAGCCAAGACUAUUUUUCCAAAUAAAUAUUGCUGAAAUUUAA